CGACUUUUUAUUAAUAAGUGGGUACUAUGUUUAUUGAUAAAGCGAGAGUAUUUAUUCAUAGCCAGUCUAGUUCUACUCUGCAUAUGAUGAUUUGUCUUCAUAUUUUUGUUUUUGCAGGAUUUUGUUUUAAGCUACAGCUAAAUUCGGAAGUUGUGCGAUAAGGUUAUUUUCGUAUAUUAUUCUUUGAUAAUUGUCUUCUUUUUUGGAAUUAUGAAUUCAGAACCAGAUCAAAAAUCCUGCGGGGAAUUCCUUCGCGAGGGAGGAAGUUUAGAACAGAACGAAACUCAAAAUAGGAAUGACUUGGAAGUUUUUGAAGAACCUCAAAAGUCUGAUCAGAAUUUGCCAAAAAAAGAUACCAAGAUUGAGAAAAACGUUAAGGCGUUUGGAAAUGACCUGAAGCGGGUUUUUUCAAGUAAAAUUCGUGGAGUGCCGAAAAGAAUGAAAUCAAGAAAGUCAAAGGGAUCGAAUAAAAAUCGAAAUAUAUGUAAUAAGGAUGAUAUUUCGUUAUCUCCAAUCAAUAAAUUACCAAGAAUACCGAAAGAAGUUUUUAGGGUGUUGGAGCUGUUACGUCAUGAAAAUUUUUUAACGUACGUGGAGCGUUAUUACAAUCCCAAACUGUAACAAUUUAGCCCGUACAACAAUAUACUGUAGCGUGAAUUAAUAUGUAAAUACAAUUUGUUAAUCAAAGAAAUAGUCCAUUAAUUAAAGAAACUAGCAAUAUAACGAGGAA